GCUGGGAGUUGACUUCGGAGACGUGUUCGCAGGCUCAAAUAUGGCGGCCGCCAUGCGUUGUUUUUAACGUUUUGAACGUAUUUCUAAAAGUUUUUGUUAAGCCUAAUGAUGGGUAAAAACAGCAGGAAAAGAAAGAAAAAGGAGGAAGACUUUAAGAAAGUAAAGCUAAAAGUCGGUAAGACGAGACCUGCCGGGGAGAAUGAAACUACGACUUCUUUCAAAUCGCGCGCUAUCGUCAUUCCAUCUCAAGAUACAAAGACAGAGAGUGGGCCUACUAACGUGAGAAAGCAAGGCUUGAAGGACCUUCUCUCCCAACUGAGCCACUAUAAUUCCAACAUCCGCCAGGAAGCUCUGUUAGGUCUUCGCUCAUUAUUCCAGCAACAUGAAGGCAUACUCCAUGAACAUCUUGGCACAGUGGUAGAGAAGAUUGCGGAGAAAGUCACAGACACAGAGGCAUCCGUCCGUCACUCACUAUUACUCUUGCUUCGCCACAUUUUGCCGCUUAUACCCCCUGAAAGAAUUGCUCCUUUCCUCCCCCUAGUGAGUGCCCACCUCAGCUGCGCAAUGACUCAUAUCAUUGAGGACAUUCAAUUAGAGUCUCUUGGCAUCCUUGGCCUACUUCUGGAAUAUUUCCCCAACCAGAUGAUUUUGAGCUCAAGCCAAUUGCUUGAUAACUUCAUAGGUUUGAUAACCCAUCAAGGUCAUGGCGGCAGUAAACCAGCAAAGCAUGGUAGUAGUAGUUUGGUAGUGAACCCAAAAGGGAAGCUCUCCUCCCAGAAAUCAAGACUCAAGGUAUUGAACCAACUCCUGGAGUACCUCAGGGCUUUGUAUUUGCCAGAAACUGACAACAAUAAGGAACAAAGACUCAAGGUUACCUUCUCUGAAAAGAACCCUACACACGUGCAGAUUUUCGAUGACAUGGACAAUUCAGAGAUGUAUGUUUUAAAAAGCCAGUCAUCUGUGGUUCAGAGUUCUAGCAUAAACACAGCUUGUCUAAAGAAAGACUUCAUUGGUAGGAUUGUUCCUUUGUUGGUUGAUUGCUGGAUAGAGUCGAAUCCUGCUGAGAUGUCCACGUCUUUACCAAGUAGCAGUAUAUCACCAGUAGCUUUUUCUACCAUGACUACUGUCGUAGAUAUCCUGAAGGUCCUACUUGAAACUUUUUGGUCUCAGACAACUAAUAUUGGUGACAGUGACGCAGCAUGGAUGUACUCCAACUAUUUCAAGGACUUCAACCACCAUUUCCUGUCAUUCUUCCCAUUUGCUGUACCCUGUCAGCCAAGUAAAAAAAGGAAAGCAAAGACAAUUGACCAGACCACUGGGAUGUCAGUCAUGAACCUUAAUAUAACAAUAUGUGAAGUUAUGUCUUUUUUCCUGGAGUGUAAAUGUGAGAACUCUAGAGCUUGGAUCACAAACUUAGAAGAGUUUGUUGUCCAUGCUCUGACGUCUAAUUUGUCUCUUAAUGUAGAGCAAGUCAAAAGCCUAUUGAAGUUUGUAAGAAGGGAUUUCUACACCAAGCAUGUGAUGACAGACUCAAUGUUGAAUCUAGUUGGUGCCCUGGUCAAGCUCUAUAAAGCAAGCCAUCAUCUUUCUGCUACUAAGAAAGUUCUGCUUCUGUUUUUGGGUGAAUUGAUGUUUAGUAACUGCAGUUCCUUAGUCUCAAGGCAGGAGCUUCUCCAGCAUGAUGCUGUACACAGGUGGCUGUGUUCUCUCCCUGCUCUACUCAACCAACUAAAGGCCUCUAGUCCAGACAUGACACGCUCUGUUCUUCUCGUCCUGUCCUCAGUCAUGACUCAAGAGCUAGAUCUCAGCAUUCUCAACAAACAACUUACAGCUUUCUUCAGUUGUGGUACCUUUUUCUGCCUUGAUGUUGACAUACAGAGGUCAGCUGUUCAACUCCUGUUCCGAAUGAGUUCCCUAGAGACAAGUCUGAUACACGCUCUGGUAGAAUGCUGUCAUUGUCCCAAAGUGUCUACUGAAACAGUACACUACCUUCUGGGCAUACUCCACUGCAGGAGUCCUCUUUAUGAAGGUGUUGCUGGUGCAAAGCCUGCCAUGUCAGUAUCUACUUUUCUCAGUGUACUUUUCAGUGCAUCUAUAGGCAUAUCCAGCAGUGAAUUGCAGCGACUUCAGACCAGUCUCAACCCUCAAGUCAGAUGCUUUUUUGAGCUUGUUCAUGAUGAAAAUCAGGCCUCCUCAUGGGCAAGACACAAACAGAUCCUACAGGCGACCUGCAGUCUUUACAGACAAUGCCGUCAUUCUGAGAAACUUUUAGAGAUGGUGGAGUCUGCACUGGAAAGAACAUUGAACCUCCAAGUUAUCCCUCUUACAGUAGCAUGCAGCAUCAUCCGGCUUGUUUGCUGCCUUGGGGACUUGUGUGGUGCCUCUGAUACAGGCCUUCAUGGCCAGCUUCACCAAAGCCUGACAGAGCUGGUAUUUUCAUGCUUCUUAUAUCUAGCGGGUUUACCUUGGGCUGAAGUAGCGACAGAGAUCAGAAAAGAUGCCACUCAACUGCUUACACUGUACCCUUUAAUAAUGCAACAGCUAAUUACUCUGAUGCACAACAAAUUGAAAGACAUGCCAAGUGAGAUCUCCUGGAUAACCACAUGCCUUCUUCAGACUGAUAAACUCAGCCCCAUUCUUAUUGCCUGCUUUGAUUCUUUAGACAAACUCAUCACUAGUGUGAAGGAGCUCAAAGAUGUGCUACAGCCUCAAGUACUGGCGGAUCUGUCUUACCAGCACCACAUUCUCAGUACUGAAAACCGAAGACAUGCUCACCUGGCAGAAACCUGACCUGUGUGCAUAAGGAAGAGGUCAUUUGUAGUCAUACUGCAGCAAUUAAUACAGCGGGUCCGGCGGAGGGGGUGGGUUAUAUUAGGGUUUGUUCUAUUUCCUAAAGGACCAUAAGCUAUUACCAGCUUCCCUGUAUUCUUUGUUCAACCAGGGCCUCCAUAGCUUUUGUCUUAUCUCUGGAGAUGAACACCAUUUCAAGUAAGCAAAUUGGUUCAUUGAUAAAGAGGUAAAUGGCUUUUGGGUUAAAAUAUACACGUAGGGGCGUAGCAGGGGGUGGGCACAUGCACCCUUGAUAUUUUAACAAACUAUAAGGAAAUGGCCAGUAGGGGCACUGCUGUGCCUCCAAAUAUUUUCUUACUGUUUCUGUAUCGUGCACGCCCCCACCCCCCCUCCCCACCCCCAUAUAUUUCCGGGCCUGCGACUGCUCCGGUAUAGCCCAAUCCUGGUCUUUGAAAACCAUGUAAAUUGCUUACAGGCAAAUAAAAAAAAUGAUAGCUUUUAA